AUGGACGGCGGCGCCGGCGAGGAGGCGAAGCAGGAGCGGCACCUGGUGCUGGCCCACAAGCUCUUCCUUCUAUCCCACCCCGCCGUCGACGACCUCUCCAAGGUCGCCCUCCGCGCCGAAGUCCUCGACACCGUGAAAUCCGAUGAUAUGGCGACGCUGUUCGAGUCGCUGGUUGCCGCGGGUGUACUGGAGGCGGACGCCGCGCUGCUGGCCGAGAUGCGUGGGAGGAUUGACGAGGAGAUCCGCAAGCUCGAUGAGAAAAUUGCUGAUGCCGAGGAGAACUUGGGCGAGAGCGAAGUCCGUGAAGCACAUCUUGCCAAAUCCUUGUACUUUAUAAGGGUUGGUGAGAAGGAAAAGGCCCUGGAACAGCUUAAAGUCACUGAAGGAAAAACUGUAGCUGUUGGCCAAAAGAUGGAUCUUGUGUUUCACACUUUGCAGAUUGGUUUUUUCUAUAUGGAUUUUGAUCUGAUCUCAAAAUCCAUUGAUAAGGCAAAGAACUUGUUCGAGGAAGGAGGCGAUUGGGAGAGGAAGAACAGGUUGAAAGUAUAUGAAGGCUUGUACUGCAUGGCAACCAGAAACUUCAAGAAAGCUGCUAGCUUAUUUUUAGACUCCAUUUCGACUUUCACAACUUAUGAGUUAUUCCCAUAUGAUACAUUCAUCUUCUAUACAGUCCUCACAAGUAUUAUCACAUUGGAUCGUGUAUCUCUGAAACAAAAGGUGGUAGAUGCACCAGAAAUCCUGGCUGUGAUUGGCAAAGUACCUCACCUCUCUGAGUUUCUCAAUUCCCUGUACAACUGCCAGUACAAGUCUUUUUUUGUUGCAUUUUCCGGUCUGACGGAGCAAAUCAAGUUAGACCGUUAUCUUCAGCCUCAUUUCCGCUACUACAUGAGGGAAGUGCGCACCGUUGUCUACUCACAAUUCUUGGAGUCAUACAAGAGUGUGACAAUGGAAGCAAUGGCCACUGCAUUUGGUGUAACUGUUGAUUUCAUUGACCAGGAAUUGUCACGGUUCAUUGCAGCUGGGAAGCUUCACUGCAAGAUUGAUAAGGUUGCUGGUGUUCUGGAGACAAACCGACCUGAUGAGAGGAAUGCUUUCUACCAGGCGACCAUCAAGCAAGGGGACUUUUUACUGAACCGCAUACAGAAGCUUUCACGGGUCAUUGACCUGUAA